CGCGGUACGCUUAUCCCAAUGUGCUGACCUUCUAUACCCUGACGAUAUAUUCACUUGUAGAUCAAAAGUGUUUCUGUGGCUUUUUCCUACCAGGUUGAAUUGUCUCACAGCUCAUCUCGAGAAAAUGCCUGAAUCAAUUGCCCUGACAAUUAUAAUCGUCAUACUCGUCACUGCAGACAUUGUGGGGAAUUCACUUGUCUGUUUGAUUGUGAAAAAGCACAGAGAUAUGAGGACUCCCAUAAAUUACCUGCUUGUGAAUCUGGCUGUGGCAGAUAUCAUGUUUGCGACUUUUCUGGCGCCAACAGUAAUAUUCAGCCUCGCUUUAGAUCAUCCAGAUGGCACUACUGGUUCUGUGUUAUGCAAAUUAGUGACUGGUGGAAAUGUGGCAUGGAUAGGAGGUGCGUCAUCUAUUGUCACCCUCGUCAUAAUCGCCAUAGAACGUUAUUACGCAGUCGUACAUCCCUUUGAAAGUCAAAGAAAACUUACCAAGCGUAGACUGAAGCUAAUUAUCCCGUGUUCUUGGACAUUCUCUUUAAUUCUUACCACCCCUUUAUUUCUGGUAAGAAAUAGGAAGGGCAAUUCUUGUGAACAACUGUGGCCUGAGGAUUGGAUGGCUAAGGCUUAUAGUUCGGUUUGGUUAGUCUUAGUAAUAAUUACUUUGGCGUUAAUGGUUGCCUUAUACAUCAGAGUUGUGAACGCUUUGUGGUGCAAACAGGACAAUUCACCAACCAACAUACAGAAGGGCGUCAUGAAGAGCCGCAAACGUGCUACCUUUAUGGUAGUUACGGUUAGUUUUCUCUUUGGAAUUUGCUGGGGAACAGAAUCAGUAGAAUUUUUCUUGAGAGCAUAUACAUCUCUUGACAUCAGUUCUCUUCACGUGGCUAUAGCUGACACAAUGGUUGUGUUUAAUUCGGCACUUAACCCGUUUAUAUUCGCUCUCAUGAAUCAUCAGUUCAAGGAGAAGAUAAAACGGAUGUUCAUCUGUGACAAUCCCACAAUGGCACGAAUUCAUGCCGCUGAAAACCUCAAAAUGAUUCAACUUAACAAACAACCAACCAACAACAUCGCCACCCAGUAUUUAUCGCAUUCAAAUUUUCCUUGAAGGAAAAAGACGUUAUGCUAAAAAGUAAAACACUCAGAGCUCUGCUGUCCUAUUUUAAGGAGAGCAUUCUAGGCUAAAACGCUAGCAGUGCUUGAUUCCGGUUGGCUAGUUUCCCUCAUGUUCCCUCGAAUUCCUAGUUUGAUUUCCAAGAAACACAAGGAAAUGUACUGUAGAUGUAAUUGAGUAAAGAAGACUGUGAAUAUCAUGUUCUAAAUCAUGUUAUAUACCAGAGUGUUUCGUUCUAAAGUUUUCUUAGGUCUCCUGUCGGAGGAAUAUCUCCUAUCAAAUAGUCACCACCGAGGGAAAGAGUUUUGACUUUUUGGAUUCUGGAGGGCUGAUUAUUUUCAACAUUAUUUUGUCGUCACGGCAAGGGAAUGAUUAAAGAACUUAAUUGUGUGCCUUGGCGAAAAAUUGGAUAUAUUAUUAUAGAAUGGCACUGUUCUGGCCCUGACUACAACCGAAUAAUUACAAAAAGAAUGUCACCUUAUUUUUUGUAACUCAGGAUAAAACUAAUGAAUACGAAACCGGGAACAGCUUUUCCAAAGAAUUGCUUUUCAGGUCAUUAUCUGCAUGGCCGA